AUGGCUGAGCACACGCGCGAACAACGUGAACACCACAGAGUGACCUUUGCCCCGAUCUCUCCCAGUAGCAGCAACAACUACAACACCGACAGCUACGGCUUCCCGCCCGAGUCCUUCGGCAGCGAUGGCCUCCCCGACUUCGACACCAACUUCCUCGACGACGCGGACCUCGAGGCUUUUGUGAACGCCCUGCACGCCCCGGACCCGCUGCAGUCUCCCGCGGACGAGACGACCUCCCUGCGCUCCCCGGGUCUGAGGAGCACCUCGUCGCUCGACAUCACGAAGCGAGGGAGCACGUACGAGGAUGGAAACGACGACCCGUCCGCCGUGGCGGCGGCGGCGGCUGCUGCCGCGGGCGACGUGACGGCGCCGUCCCAGCCCAAUGGCAACGGCCACGCGAGCCAGCCGAACAUGUUCAUCACCGCGCAGAACGACUGGGCGCCGGUCAACCAGCGGGUGGCAAAGCGAGGGUCGCGGCGGCGGAGAAACCGGGCCAAGGGCGCAGCGGAGGCGUUGCUUGGAACGAGGACCAAGGAUGAGACGCGGGAGGGGAUAUUCUACGCCCUGCUCAAGUGGCCGAUGCUCUUUUUCGUGGGGGCCUGGCUCGCGGGUCUGGCGCUGACGUACCUUUAUACGAGGCUGUACAUCUGGGUCUACGAGCACUUCGUCACCUGGCGCGGCACGAGGGAGAGGCUGAGGCGGAGCAUGCGGCGGACGAACAACUACCGCGACUGGGUCGUUGCGGCCAAGGAGCUGGAUAGCUACCUGGACCGCCAGCGCUGGAAGGAGGAGAACGACUUUGCGUACUACGACUCCAAGACUGUGAAGAGGGUGUGGGAGCAGAUGCGCAAGUGUAGGCAUAGAGCCGAGGAGCAGGAGAACGGGGAGGUUGAUGGGGAGAAGGGGGGCAAGCCUGCGGUCGAGGAGCUCCACGCGCUGCUGUCUGCUUGCGUGAAGAGCAACUUUGUGGGCGUUGAGAACCCGAGGUUGUACAGUCAGACGUACUACGGGACGAAGAAUUUGGUGCAGAACUUUGUCGACGAGGUUGAGAGGAGCAUCAAGUUUGUUCUAAACACUCAGCAGCUUACCAUGGAGGAGAAGAGGAGCAUUUUCAAGGGCAUGUUUAACAACUACGGCCGGACAGCUCUUUGUCUAUCCGGUGGCGCAUCGUUCGCGUACUACCAUUUUGGUGUUGUCAAGUCUCUCCUCGAGGCGGAUCUCCUCCCGGAAGUCAUCACUGGGACAAGUGGCGGCGCCCUGGUCGCUGCCUUGGUGGCCACUCGCACCAACGACGAGCUCAAGAAAUUACUCGUCCCGGCCCUUGCGGGUAAAAUCACUGCCUGUCGUGAGAGCUUCACGACUUGGAUCCCCCGAUGGUGGAAGACGGGCGCGAGAUUCGACUCGGUCGACUGGGCCAAGCAGUGUUCGUGGUGGACCCGCGGCUCGAUGACGUUCCGCGAAGCGUACGAGCGCACGGGGAGGAUCCUGAACGUCUCCUGUGUCCCGGCCGACCCGCACUCGCCCACGAUCCUCUGCAACUACAUCACGUCUCCCGACUGCGUUAUUUGGUCUGCGGUGCUGGCCUCGGCCGCCGUCCCCGGCAUUCUGAACCCCGUGGUGUUGAUGAUGAAGCAGCGCGACGGGACACUGAUCCCGUACUCCUUUGGCCACAAGUGGAAAGACGGUAGCUUGCGGACGGAUAUCCCCAUCAAGGCGCUCAACCUGCACUUUAACGUCAACUUUACAAUCGUUAGCCAGGUAAACCCGCACAUCAACCUCUUCUUCUUCAGUUCCAGGGGCAGCGUGGGCCACCCCGUCACGCACCGCAAGGGCAAGGGCUGGCGGGGCGGAUACGUCAUGUCCGCGGUCGAACACUACCUCAAGCUGGACAUGACCAAAUGGCUCAAGUUCAUCCGGCACGCCGAGCUACUGCCGCGCCCGCUGGGACAGGACUGGAGCCAGCUGUUCCUGCAGCAGUUCUCCGGCACCAUCACCAUCUGGCCCAAGACGCAGCCGUCGGACUUCUACCACAUCCUCUCGGACCCCGACCCGCCGAGGCUGGCGCGCAUGAUCCACGAGGGCCAGCAACGCGGGUUCCCGAUCUUGAAGUUUGUGAGCAACAGGCUCAAGGUCGAGAAGGUCAUUGAGCAGGGGCGGCGAGAGACGAGGCCUUGGAUCCGCAGGGGCAGCAUCGAGACGAUUCUGAGCGAGGACGACCUGAGGAGUCUGUUGAUUAGUGGAGCGACGGACGGGGAGGAGGAUACGACGGAUGCGGAGGGCGAGACUCUGCUUGAGCUGGAGGAGGAGGCUAUUGUUGAUGGGGACGAGGAUGAGAAGUUUGAGAGGAGUUAA